GAUUUUGCUUCCCGGGCUAAACUGGCUGUCCAGAACCUGGUGCAGAAGGUCGGGUUCUUUGGCAUUUUGGCCUGCGCCUCGAUUCCAAACCCGCUGUUCGACCUGGCUGGGAUAACAUGCGGACACUUUCUGGUUCCCUUCUGGACCUUCUUUGGUGCAACCUUGAUUGGGAAAGCAGUAAUUAAAAUGCACAUCCAGAAACUUUUCGUUAUUAUAACAUUCAGCAAACAUAUAGUGGAACAGAUGGUGUCCCUAAUCGGUGCUAUUCCAAGUAUAGGUCCUUCUCUUCAGAAGCCAUUUCAAGAAUAUUUGGAAGCUCAGAGGAUAAAACUUCACCACAGAUCUGACAGUGGCGUGCCACAGGGGGAAAACUGGCUAUCAUGGAUGUUUGAAAAAUUGGUGAUUGUCAUGGUUUGUUACUUUAUCUUAUCUAUAAUCAACUCCAUGGCCCAGAGCUAUGCCAAACGACUGCAGCAGAAGAUGUACUCUGAAGAAAAAACCAAAUGAGCUUGGAAAAAACCCCUUGGAAUGGGUUUUAGCAGACAUGAAAAAUGACACAUCUUCCCAUAUGUUUAAAAAUCAGCAUUAUUCAAAAUGGGGGAAAACUUUUUAACAUCAAUUUUCAACUCUAACAAGUUUUUAUUUAAUUUUGAAAGUAAUUUGGAUAUUAGAGCAGACGUUUCAUUGACAAACAUAUGAAUGUUAAGGUAAGGUAUGCUUUACAAGUCUGAGUUGUAUUAUACAGGCUGGACAAUGUGAUGUUAAAUUGUGUUUAACACAGAUGUUGUCCACCCAAAUUACUUCCAAAACUGAUGAUUUAAUACUCUCCAUUUCCUGAUUGAACUUCAGACUGACCUGAAGGUAACUUUUUGAUUUGAAGGGUGGCUGGUUUGCUUUUUCCAUAACUUUCAAGACCAUCAAAGUGUAUAUAAAUGAAUACAGAUUGGAUACAAACUGUUGCAUGUCCCUCAUGGUAAGGCUAUUCCAUCUGACUCCUCCAAGUGUCCCAUUGCAUUGCACGUGCUCUCUGUUGGAAAAGCCACCCUCCUAAACUUCAUGAUGUUAGCAGAGAUGAUUGAUGUCAAAAUGCGGAAGUUGACAUUUUUUAUUCUGUAUAUUUAGAAUGAAGUUAAGAUAAAACUUUAUAAAGUCAUCUUUGAUCAUU